AUGGCUGCAUGUGCAUCUAUGCAUGCAUACCAAGGGAGGGAAAGGAGAUGGUUGAUUUAUAGUAGCUUAUUAUUAUGGCGCGCAGGGAGUCUGCUUCUGCGUAAAAUAUGCCAUCGUCGCGCGACAGCCAAUGAUGCCUGUACAGACAACAAGAGAGCCCGACGCGAGGACAGGACAGGACAGGACAGGACAGGACAAGACAAGACAAGGCCAGCCAGCAGCCUACAUAAUACAGUGUGCGCGCGCGACAGACACCUCACAGUCAGUCAGUCAGUCAUGGUGACGGGUGACGGUGACGGUGUUGUGGGUGACAGUGGUGACCGUGACAGUGACAGUGACGGUGACGGUGACAGUCAACCUUGA